AAUCCAGCAUGACCGACUCGCCAUUCGUGCGCUUCCCGCUCGACCCCAAGGAACAACCCAUCCUCGACCGCCUGCUCGGCCUGCGCGACCAGCUCUCGGUCCUCAAGAGCGACCGCUCGUCAUACAUCCGCACCCAGGAUGUUUUGGACCUUUACAAGAGAUUGAUCGGAGAGGUCGAGAAGCUCAACGAGCUGCGCACCGACAAGCGUGACGAACAGAAUAGGGUCGACACAGUGCUCGACGACUGUUUCCAGCUCGUCUCCCUAUUCUUCCUUACUAUCGGUCGCAACCAAGAAGCUCCCGCUGUCUACUCUGCCGUAUCAACCGUAAAGGAAGCCGGCUUCUACCUACCCCAAGACCUCGAAUCCAUCGAACACAACCUCCGAAAAUGGCGCUCGUCAGUCGAACGUGGCAGGGACGUCCACAGCGACUCCCUGAUGACAUUACUCGAAGCACGCAUCGACGUCUGCUAUCAAACCCUUAAAGAGCUACAGGCUUCGCUGUCCCAACUCGACCCUGAACUCAUGGGCUAUUACGAAAAGCUUGUCUCGAUACUGCGUUCCCUCUCGGCUUGCAACACACGAUCAAAAUUCCCUGUCAAGGAGGUUGAAGAACUAGAGGAGCAACUCAAGCAGAUCCAAGCAGAGCUGAAAGAUGCUGGUGUGUCACACGAGGGAAGGACAGCCGAAGAAGCAUAUGCCGAACGCCUACAACAAGUUCAUAUCGGAGAGAGCCACGUUGAGGAGGGCAGCAAAGUUGUGUCCUUCCUGCUGGGCCGCUGUUUGCUCUGGGUUGAGAUUAUCCAGAAGAAUUGGUCCUCGACUAACGCCAUCACAGGCNAAGGCAAGAUUGACGAGCGUUUCCGCGACACAUACGACAAACUCGUUAAGCUACGCAACACUCUCGACAACAUGAACCUUACCCAGGCCUGGUCGUUGCGCGAGACAGACUUGUACAGCUACCAACGACAACUCGACCGCAUCGACGAAUCUCGCGUCGAUGGCAACUUCCUCGACGGCGAAGGCAAGCCUGCCGAUCUACAUUCGCAGAGGGUAAUCUCACCUCAAUCCAUCGUUCUUAUCCCUUUACUGACGCCUGACCCUACAGNNACACUGCUCUACCUGCUUCGUAAGAGUUACUCAUAUAUCUAUCACUACAUCGUCUCGUCAGAGCCCGUCUCAGAAGCUCUGCUGCCCAUCUACAACCAGCUCCUCACCCUCAAACGCUGUCUGCUCGAGGUCAAGCGCUCGGGCGGUGUCGAUUCUCCUCGCGAGCUGUACCCAUACAGCAUGAAGAAAGACGGCAAAUUCAUGGUUGGCGACGACAUUCCUGAAGGUCAAGGUAGUGUCACAUCAUUACUCGCCGAAUGUUUCGACAUCGCCUACGAUCUCAGGAACGAGGCCGAGGAGCGUCAAGACGAGGCCGAGCUGGCCGACGACACCGAAACCAAGGAG